CACUUCCCUUAUGAGCAGAAUCAGGAUGGCCAUUUUAUAAAUUGUGUGCAUGUUUUGUGCUUUUAAUUAAUGGCAAGAUCAGGAUUCUCAUACAAGAAUAAGGAAAGUUAUCAAAACGAAAGGUUUACACCAUCCAUGAAAAAUAGCAUGCCAAAAUCAUCAAUUUUGCACUGUUUGAACAGCCUGCAAUGAUCCCGCUGCAAAAACAAUGCCCAAUUUUAUUGCAUUUCUCAAUCUAAUAGUCCUUACUGAACGUCAGGAUAUAAACGGAAUGGGGGCCCAUCCAGCUCGUUUUUUCACAAAAUAGCGAAAAUGUGCCUGAGUAUCAAUCAACAAGCACAGAACCCUUCCGUGAUUUGAAAUUUUUCGCGAAAAGGUGUCUCAUUGAUCAUACAAAGCUACCAGCAGUUAGUUUUCCAACUGACAUCAGAAUUUUACAUGUAUCGGCUGUAAAAAUUUUCUAAAGAAUUAAUAAUCAUUAUCUCUCACUUUAAUUUACAGACAUCCAAAAUCACGAAGUUCUAUUUAUAACAAUAUUGACGGGGGCCAAAAUUCGAAGUGUACCCUGCUACCUUACGUGGUAUGUGGUAAAUGGAGCGCAUAUAUUUAUUCUCACGUAUUAUGUGAUACUUUUCAUACACCUGAAAGGACUAUCUUAAUUGUUAAGAGAAUAAGGAAAAUUUAGCAUAUUAAAUAAUGUUUUAUACUACAAGAAAAGACAUAUUGUAUGCAGCUGUUUUCUUCUUAGUGGUUGGUGGUGGAAUGCUUAUUUUUUCCUGGAACCAAGAACAGUCAAGAUUACUACCAGAUAUGGUUGCUGCCAGCAGUAUUCUGAUUGCCUUAAUUCUGAUAGACAUUUACAGACUGAAACCAGCAUGGUCUCAUUCAUUCAAAAGCUUAAUAUUGCAGUACAUUUUCCUGAGAAUCAUAUUAGUGUGUGGAUUUGUACUAAAGAAAAGUUUUUAUAAGAUGUCCAAGAAGUGUGAGGAGCAACAAGAAAAUCUUCUGAAGGAAAUCUUAGCACUAAACAAGGAUACACUUUUUUCAAGGGAUCACGGUCUGGAAAAUGUAAACUCUGUGAAUACGUUUAGAGAAACUAUGCCACUUACGACAUACGAUGAUUACCGGAAAUAUGCUGAAAUGAUAAAAGAAGAUGGUACAGAAAAUAUUUUGUUUCCUGGAAAACCGUACUUCCUAGCACUGACUUCCGGCACAACUUCCGGAAAAAGUAAAUUAUUUCCAAAAAAUCCUAAAGCACAAAAGAAGGCGGCACCAUGGACGAUAUUAAUGCUUUACAACAUGGUAUAUUUAACUGGAAAUAACUUCCUGAAAAAAUGGUUGUAUGUUACAGUUUUACCAAAGCUAAUUGCCACCAAAUCCGGGGUAGAAUUGGGACCAAUUGCAGCCAUUACCUACAAAAUAAACUUUCCAUUUUCAGCAAUACCAAAUCUGUCCGUACAAACCGAAUACGAAGCUAUGUACAUUCAUUUAGCAUUUAGUCUUGCAGAAGAUGAUGUGUCCUGUUUUUCAACAAUGGUGUCAACAACAGCAUUAUCCUUGCUCACAAUAAUGGAGAAGAAGAGCUCGCUCUGCAAUGACAUAGAAAAAGGGACACUUUCGGAAAACCUUGACAUUCCUGUUGUUGAAAGAAAUCGAUUAAAUAGUCUGUUGAAACCUAAUCCAGCGCGAGCUGCAUUCUUGAGAAAAGAAUUUGCUGAGGGAUUUAACGGUAUUGUGUCUAGGAUAUGGCCAACAUGUCCGUGUAUCUUGGCAAUUAAGACCGGAGUGUUUGAAACACCGGCAAAACUUGUGAUGAAGAAAUUCUCGGGCGAACUACCCUUUACUACUUUAGUUCAUAUUGGAACUGAAACGAUGUAUGGUAUGAACAUUGACCCUAUGAAAGAACCAGAUGUCAACUACGUGGCCUUGCUUCCAAUUAACUUCUUUGAGUUUCUUCCAGUUGAAGAAUAUGGAGAGAGAUCACCAUCAGUUUUGCUCGCACAUCAGGUGAGAGUCGGACAAAUGUACGAGGUGGUGAUUACUACAUUUGAUGGGUUGUAUCGGUAUAGAACGGAAGAUGUCGUCAAGAUAACCGGCUUCUAUGGUACAACACCAGUAUACCAGUUUAUGCACAGAGCUGGUGAUAUUCUCUCAGCAAACUUAGAAAAGGUUCCUGAAUUUCUCCUUCACGACGCAGUUCAUGCUGCUACUGCUAUAUGGAAGAAAAAUGUUGUAGCGUUUACCAGCUGUGAAAGUGUGCAUGUUCAGCUUGCUGGAGCGUCUGAUACCUACCCCAGAUACGUUGUGUUUAUUGAAUUGAAAGAUGCAAAGCGAUUAGAUGAGCAUGAGAUAGAAGUAGUCGAUAAGGAACUGUGUGAAAGACAUACUGUAUAUGCGGCAAUGCGCAAGAACAACAAACUGCAGCCAGUUCAAAUAAUUCAGAUGAAAACGGGCGCAUUCGACACAGUGAAGGAAAUGGUGUUGGCUUCUAACCCUGAUGCAUUUUGCAUGCAAUUUAAACUACCAAGAAUCAUGAGAAGGAAUGACAUUUUGAAAGCCAUGUUGGACAUGGAAAUAUAAAGGACAACGUUAUACAUUAAGACUGUGAAAAUUCGCGUUUUAAAAUUUAGUGAUUUGAACCAGCAGCAGUAUUUACCUUUUUGUCCCCCGCCUUUUUCGAAGAAAACAAGGGGACAUAGAAAUAGGCUGCGUCCUUCCGUCCGUCCUUCUGUCACACUUCAUGGCCGGUCCAUAACUCUGCCAUUCAUCAAGGGAUUUUGAAAUUACUUGGCACAAAUGUUUCCCAUAAGAGACGACGUGUCAUUUGCAAGACCCAGACCCCUAGCUUUAAGGUCAAGGUCACACUUAGAGGUUAAAUGUUAACGUAGUCUGUUUCUCGUCCGGUCAAUAACUCUACCAUUCAGCAAGGGAUUUUAGAAUUACUUGGUACAAAUGUUCCCUAUAAUGAGUUGAUUUGUCAUGAGCAAGACCCAGACCCCUAGCCCUAAGGUCAAUGUCAUCUUUGAGAUAGAACAUUUUUGGCAUUUUUAUUUUUUUUGUCUGGUCUGUAACUGUUUUUUGUAUUUGUGUAUAUUCAUAACGUGGCAUAAGUAUUCACCAUUACAAGACAUUGUGUCAUGUGCUAAGGUCAAGGUCACAGGCACCUGAGUUAGCUUUCUUUUUUGUUUGUAUAUGAGAUUACUUCCCUUUUAUAUGAUAAAGUACAGUGCAUGUGUUUUUAUAUCAGUUUUCCCACUAUUUUAAAAAUGAAAUUAUGUUUUAAGUAAGAUUAUUGAUAUUGAUAGAUGUAAAAAGCAGUAAACAAUUUGUACACUUGUAGAAUGCAAACCCAGGCACACGUUAUAAGUUAAUGGUAUAUAUAGGUACAUCCAGCAUUACUAUGGUUGCAGCAUAUUAGGUUGAUAUGUAGUGCAGCACUGUAUCAAUUUUCUAGUGUGUAACUGUUAUUUUUGUAUCAUAUAAGCCAUGCCAUGCAUUUAAUUUGUUUAUUAAUUACCUCCCUUUAAUAUGAUAAAAUAUUUCGUUACAUUUUUUUCCUUACACAUUUAGAAAUAGAAUAAAUCUUUAAAAUACAAAUAUUAGCAUUUCAAAGCAUUCACCAAUUAUAGAUUUCCAGACACUUUUUCAAACUUCAUAAUGUCUACAUGAAUUAUAUGAUAUAUAGUUAUGACUUAUGUACAUUGUUAGUAUGUUGCCCUAUUUAUUAGAAUAUGUUGUAUUAACAUGCAAUAAUUUGUGUGAAAAAUGUCCUUAAUCGGGGGACGUUGGUAACUCUGAUACAAAUUCUUGUUAAUACAAAAAGAAGGGUUGAUAUGAGCCGUGCCAUGAGAAAACCAACAUAGUGGGUUUCCGACCAGCAUGGAUCCAGACCAGCCUGCGCAUCCGCGCAGUCUGGUCAGGAUCCAUGCUGUUCGCUUUUAAAGCCUAUUGCAAUUAGAAAAAUCGUUAGCGAACAGCAUGGAUCCUGACCAGACUGCGCGGAUGCGCAGGCUGGUCUGGAUCCAUACUGGUCGCAAACCCACUAUGUUGAUUUUCUCACGGCACGGCUCAUAUGUAUCCGGUGUUUAGGUUCUUUUCGCGCCAUUUAGAAAAAUAUCUAUUCCAAAAGAGCUUAAUAUAAUGCAUAUCCUAUGUACAAAAUACAUUAUGUUUUUUCUUUUAUCAUCCACCUUAAUAUUAAAGCUAUUUCUGACUUUAAAACGAAUGCAGACAAUAACUAAUAUCCGGACAUCUUUAUUUUCAUUAAAAACAUUAAAUCAUGAAUAAUGUAUUCAAAUUGACAUGUUUUUACGACGAAAACCGUGUUUUUUACAUGUAUUAAAUUCAAAACAUUUAAAGUGAUACUUGUCACCUCAGAUGGAAAUCAAGGACACUUUACAAAUCACAGUUCUUUACUGACCGAGAUCUACUUUCAGUUUACUUUAAACGGGUCGUCAGAUACCCGUAUUUGACUAUGUCAUACAACUAUAUGAAAAAAAUAUCAUAUUAAGUUGCCAAAGAGAUUUUGUAAAAUGACUGGUUAGCGUAACGCAGUAGGUUAAACAGACAGGUUUCUGGUGGUUAUAGAAUACUUUAGAAUCCUACGCUAAAGUUUGUUGUCCAACAUUUAAUUUUCUAACAAUUUAAACUUGAUUAGCUCUCUAUUCUAUUUUCAAACUCUAAUUUAUGAGGAGUUUUAUCUGCUUCAAUUUUGUUAGGACAUUCCCUCUUCUCCACUAUGCAGAAUGCAUAGUUCUUUUCAAUUACAGCUGUAACUGUACAUCACUGAAAACACAUUUGUGGUGAGCAAACUGUUUGAUUGUUCGGUAAAAUUUUCUGCAGAAAUCAUGUUUUUCUCGAGAAAGAUGUGCACACAGAAAAAUACUCGUAUGUAAAAACAAAAAAUAUGAGACGGAUUCGAAGCAUGGACCGACAUAUGAGCUACGCCAUGAGAAAACCAACAUAGUGGCUUUACGACCAGCAAGGAUCCAGACCAGCCUGCGCAUCCCCGCAGUCUGGU